UGUCUUCUCAGCAUAAUUUCCAUUAUAUUCUAUAGCAUAUGCUCUCUCUUGCACGCACAUAAAUUCAUACUCUAGUCUCACUCUCUCAAGUUCUCUCAGUGUCUUUACCAGUAAAAAAAACGAAGAGAAGUGAAGAAGAACACUAACUAAGAUGUCGAAGGAAGUGAGUGAAGAAGCUCAGGCUUCUGAGCCAGUGAGAGACUAUGUUGACCCACCACCGGCACCACUUUUUGAUGCUGAAGAGCUUAGUCUCUGGUCCUUUUAUAGGGCAGUUAUUGCUGAGUUCGUUGCUACCCUACUCUUUCUCUACAUCACUGUCCUCACAGUUAUUGGCUACAAGAAGCAAACUGAUCCAUGCGAAACAGUUGGUCUUCUCGGCGUUGCUUGGGCUUUUGGGGGCAUGAUUUUCAUCCUUGUUUACAGCACUGCUGGAAUAUCAGGUGGUCAUAUUAAUCCAGCUGUGACUUUCGGUUUGUUCCUGGCAAGGAAGGUUUCAUUAAUAAGAGCUAUUGCUUACAUAGUGGCUCAGCUCUUGGGAGCAAUAUGUGGAGUAGGGAUAGUGAAAGGCAUCGCGAAAGACUACUAUGAUAAUUUUGGAGGUGGUACAAACACUGUUUCACCUACUUACUCCAAAGGAACCGCUUUAGCAGCUGAGAUUAUUGGCACGUUUGUACUUGUUUAUACAGUCUUCUCCGCCACAGAUCCUAAGCGAAAUGCUCGCGAUUCCCAUGUCCCAGUUUUGGCUCCCCUGCCAAUUGGGUUUGCGGUAUUUUUGGUGCACUUGGCCACUAUUCCCAUCACAGGCACAGGAAUAAACCCAGCUCGGAGCUUUGGAGCUGCUGUAAUAUACAAUAAACAACCAGUUUGGGAUGAUCAAUGGAUUUUCUGGGUUGGACCUUUUCUGGGAGCACUCGCUGCAGCAAUAUAUCAUGAAUAUAUUCUUAGAGCCACAGCUCUCAAAGCUUUGGGAUCCUUCUCCACUAACCCCGCAGACUAAGCCAACUCUCCACUUUUCAGUGUGUUCCUCUCAUUGUUUCGAUGUACACAAGUGUAUGGGAUUCGGUUUUUUUGUUUUGUUUUUAGCCUUUUGCUUGUCCUCUCAUGUGCAUACGGUCAUCCUCGUAUCAUUGCUUGAUUACUAGUUAUGAUGUACAUAUAGUCUCUGUCUGGCUACUAUUCCUGCGAUGUACUUCCACUACUUAGAUAUUAGAUUAUUGUGCAUCUUAUUUGUAUGUAUU